GGAAGUCAAGCGAACGUCGGAUCAUCCACCAAGUAAGUCAUGAUGGUUGUCGACGAGGCUGCCGAGCCGACCUACUACUUCAACACGAUCCAAGGCGACGUCAAGCGCGUAGCACUCCAGACCCUUGAACAAGUGCUCAAGGACAAGACGUACCAUCCGGUCGAAGCCUCGACGUGGGUGCAUGAGAUCACCCACAGCUGUCUACACUCGCUCAAGGGUCUUGCGGACGGAGCGGCAGGGUUCAAGUUCCUCGUCAACGUGACUAUCGUGCAGAAGAAGAACGGCGGGUUCCACACCAACACGUCGUGCUUUUGGAACGCCGACACCGACGGCCACGUCGUCGUGCGGUACGACUCGUCCACGAUUCUCGCGCUGUGCUCGAUUUACGCGAUUAGUUUGCUAUAAUGAAAACACUACUCGUUCUACUC